GAUAUAUGUAUAUGACGUAGAAAAUAGACGUAUUGAAAAAAAAUUGUGGAGUGAAAAAUUGUUAAAAGUGCCCGAAAGACUAUAAUUUGGAUAGAUAUUCAACCACUUGCAGCACAUCAGCAAUGAACAUGUACAAUGGACAGGUUAACGCCUACGGCGGCGGCGGUGGAGGUGGUGGUGGCCUAGCCGGCGGCAUGGUGCCAAAUCGCAUGGGAGGAGGUGCUCCAGGCGGUGGGCCCGGUGGAGCUGGCAUGUUCCAGCGCAAUCGCUCUGCCCCCUAUCCCGGCUUCAAUGGACACGGACCCUCUAAUGGUGGACAGCGUCGUAUCAAUGGCGGAGGUGUUCCUGGCAUGGGACCAGGAGGUCCCCGCAACCAAGAUGGUUUCGGUGGUCAGAACGGUGGACAACGCUCUUCCAAUCACGGCGCCCAUUUGCCCAAGAUCGUGUGGUCCGAGGUAAAUCUCACUCCCUUCCGUAAGAACUUUUACAAGCCCUGUGAGUCGGUGCUGGCUCGGACUCCUGGAGAAACAGAGACAUUCCUCACCAGCAAUGAGAUCACCAUCAAGGGCGAUCAGGUACCAACACCCAGUAUUGAAUUCGAGGAGGGUGGCUUCCCCGAUUAUGUGAUGAAUGAGAUCCGCAAGCAGGGAUUUGCCAAGCCAACGGCCAUUCAGGCACAGGGUUGGCCCAUCGCCUUGAGUGGACGUGAUCUGGUGGGCGUAGCCCAGACCGGAUCGGGUAAGACCCUGGCCUAUGUCCUGCCAGCGGUGGUGCACAUUAACAACCAGCCGCGCCUGGAGCGCGGUGAUGGACCCAUCGCCCUGGUGCUGGCUCCCACUAGGGAGCUGGCCCAGCAGAUUCAGCAGGUGGCCAUUGAGUUUGGUAGUAAUACCCAUGUGCGCAACACAUGCAUCUUUGGUGGAGCGCCCAAGGGACAGCAGGCCAGAGAUCUGGAGCGCGGCGUGGAGAUUGUGAUCGCUACACCUGGCCGUCUUAUUGAUUUCCUCGAGCGUGGCACCACCUCGCUAAAGAGAUGCACCUAUCUGGUGCUGGACGAGGCCGAUCGUAUGCUGGACAUGGGCUUCGAACCUCAGAUUAGGAAGAUCAUGCAACAGAUCCGCCCAGACCGUCAGGUUCUGAUGUGGUCCGCCACCUGGCCCAAAGAGGUUCGCCAGCUGGCCGAAGAGUUCCUUAAUAACUAUAUUCAGGUUAACAUUGGAUCGCUGUCGCUGAGCGCCAACCACAAUAUCCUGCAGAUCGUGGACGUAUGCGAUGAGAACGAGAAGUUGAUGAAGCUGAUCAAACUGUUGACAGACAUCUCAGCGGAGAACGAGACCAAGACGAUCAUCUUUGUGGAGACCAAGAAGCGUGUGGACGAGAUUACGCGCAAUAUCUCCCGUCAGGGUUGGCGUGCAUGCGCCAUCCAUGGUGAUAAGUCACAGCAGGAGCGCGACUUUGUGCUCUCGAGCUUCCGCAAUGGCCGGCACUCUAUUCUGGUGGCCACCGAUGUGGCUGCUCGCGGACUCGACGUUGACGAUGUCAAGUUUGUGAUCAACUAUGAUUAUCCUUCGAACUCUGAGGACUACGUGCAUCGCAUUGGACGUACCGGACGAUCCAAUAACACCGGCACAGCCUACACUUUGUUCACUCACUCCAACGCCAAUAAGGCCAAUGACCUGAUCCAGGUUCUGCGCGAGGCCAACCAGACCAUCAACCCCAAACUGAUGAACAUGGCCAUGAGCGGGGGUUAUAACAAGCGCGGUGGCGGCAUGGGUGGCUACCGUGGCGGCAACGGCUAUCAGGGUCGCAACCAACAGAUGGGUGGUGGCUACAACGGCGGCAACAACUACCGCAACAACAACGGUCCCGGUGGCAACAUGAAUCGCAGUGCUUUCAAUGGCGGUGGAGCUGGUGGACCGCCACGAUUCGAACAAAAGCCUCGCACAUCGCCACCGAAUCAGGGCGGACAGGGAGGUUACCGUGGCCAGGGAGGUGGCGGCUACCAGGGACAGCAGCAACAGCAAGGCGGUGGAGUGCCCUUCUCCCGCUUUAACCCGAAUGCCGCUUGCUUUGAACCCAACAAGGUACAGAAUGGUCCAGGAUCGGUGCCACCACAGGCGCAGCACCAGCAGCAGCAGCAACAACAGGCGCAGGCUGCCCAGCAACAACAUCUGCUGCCCGAUGCAACCCUGCAAGCGGCGAUGACGGCGGCCAACUAUGGUAUCGAUCAGAAGCGUUCCCGUUUCUCGCCAUACAACAUGAACUUCGCCAACAUGCCCCCGCCACCAAUGAACCAACAGCAGGCGGCGGCGGCGGCCCAGCAGCAACAGUUGCAGACACCCCAGCAACAGCAGCAGCAGCAACAAAUGCAGACACCACAGGCAUAUGGCCAGUACUCGUCGAUGUCCUCCAGUAUGGCUACCGUGUCGCUGAACGGAGGAGCAGCGGCGGUGGCCAAUACGUACCGCCCUCAGUAUGCAGUACCCACGCAGGCGGCUCCCUAUAUGAUGGCGAACGGUGGGGAUAUCUUUGCCUAUCCGCCGCCUCCGCUGCCCGUGCAGAACUAGAGGCUCUAUAGUUCAAAAAGAGGCUACCAAAUCGUAGAUCCCACUCUACUGUAAUUUCCUUUUCCCCCACACGAACAUUACACGCACAUCCGUACACCACCCGUAUAAAUGUACACAACAAAGUAACUAUAUAUCACGAGUCCAGAGAGAGACUUCAAUAGGGAAAGAUGUCGUCGAUGAGCGUUGUUGGUGUACGUUUCGUGUAGAUCUCCUCCGCCCACGUCAUAGCUAUAUAAUAUGGUUUAAUCUGGAAUCAAAUACGCUUUUAAUUUGAUAAAUCUCUAUGUUUCCCCUUUAAAAAAAAAAAAAAAAGAAGAAAAACAAAACAAAAAACAAAGAAACAAAAACCCAAUUUAGUUGAUAAGCUUUUGGUUUAGUCAAAUUGUUAGGGCAUUCGAGUGCCGAUCAUCAUCGAUGUUGUUGGCAUUUAUAUUUCCACGGCCCAGGGCGUAUUUGAUUUCUUUAUACAAUUCUCGAAUAUUGUACCUAUCUAUUCAUACACUGCAAAAGAAAUGUUUGCAAUGCUCCAACCAAAUCCAAGCCAAAAGAGAUUAGAUUCAAUCGGAUUACUAGGAAACACUAAAAAAAAAAAAAAACAAAAACUCUGAAAUGGGAAAAACUAAUCCCGAACACUUUUCACAAUAUCGGACACACACACACACAUGUAAACACAUAAGGAACAAUGUCAAUUUCUUAGAAUCAAACGCGUAUUAUAAUGUCAUCUUAAACCAUAUUAUGUGACUAGUCUAAUGAAUUGCUUAGCUGGAUACUUUUCACACAAUAACAAAAACCAACCAACAACUAAAAUACUUUCUGAAAAAUAUAUAAAAUGCAAUUCCAUUUUAUGUGAGCCCAUAAGUAUGAAUUGAUAACAAGAUAUAAAUAAAGGAAUUAAUUAGAAGUUCAA